AUGCCCAGGCAAAGCGAUUUGCGAUUUACCUUCGAACCUCAAGGUGGCGCGGUAUUCGACGUUAUCGAGUUCAAGCUUGAGGAAGGUUUGUCCCAGCCAUUCAAGCUGGAGCUGCACCUAUCCAGCGCCGAUGCCGCCAUCGACUUUGGCGCCGUGCUCGAUGUGCCGGCGCUGUUCACCAUCUGGCGCGCAGAGAGCGCCGUACGUUAUGUCCAUGGUCUGGUCAGCCUGUUCCAGCAAGGCGAUACCGGCUUUCGCCGUACCCGCUACUACGCAGAAGUCGAACCGAUCCUGGCUCGCGCCCGACUUCGUUCGAACUGGCGAAUCUUCCAACAACAAAGCGUGCCCGAGAUCCUGAAAACCGUCAUCGAGGCCCAAGGCAUCACCGAUAUUGAAAGCAACACCCACCUUGAUCACCGUCCACGUGAAUACUGCGUCCAGGCGGGAGAAACCGACCUGGAUUUCAUUCAUCGGUUAUCCGCUGAAGAAGGCAUCCUCUACGCCUUCGAACACCGCAACGACGGCCACACGCUGAUCCUCACCGACCAGAUCGACGGACUCGGCACCAUCGGCACGCACGAGGAAUGUGCGGUGCCCUAUCAGCCUGCAGGCGGUGGCGACUCACCGGAACCUGCGCUGCAUCGUUUUAACUACACCGAGCAAGUGCGCACAGCCCGCCAGGUGCAACGGGACUACACCUUUACCCACCCACGUUACAACUUGCAGCACGCUGUCGCCGGACGGCAACUGGACAACCAGCGGGACGACUACGAACGUUACGAAUAUCCCGGUCGCUACAAGCGUGAUGCCGCUGGAAAACCCUUCACCAAAACCCGACUGUCUGCCCUGCGCAGUGACGCCUGCGUGGCCACCAUCGAGGGCGACGACGCCCGUCUGCAACCGGGCCGGGCGUUUGACCUUCAGGAACAUCCACGAGCAGACCUCAACUCCCGUUGGCGCACCGUGGCCAUCCAGCACACCGGCAAACAACACAGCAGUCAGCAAGAGGAAGCCUUCAGUAGCGAGCGCGGUACGUCGUACCACCUCGAAGCAACGGCGGUGCAUUGGCAGGUUGACUGGAAGGCACCGCUGCUCCCCAAGCCUCGAAUUGACGGACCGCAAAUAGCCACCGUUGUCGGCCCCCCAGAAGAAGAGAUCUAUUGCGAUGAAUGGGGCCGGGUCAAGGUCAGCUUCCCGUGGGACCGCGACAGCCAGGCCAACGAACACAGUUCCUGCUGGGUGCGCGUUGCCCAAGGCUGGGCCGGGACGAUGUGGGGCGCGAUGGCCAUUCCGCGUAUUGGCCAGGAGUUGAUCAUCAGCUACCUGGACGGCGACGCUGAUCAGCCCAUCGCCACCGGGCGCACCUACCGUGCGGACAAUCUGCCGCCUUAUGAACUGCCAAAACUGAAGAGCCUGGCGACGAUCAAAAGCAAGGAACACAAAGGCGAGCGGGCCAACGAGUUACGCAUUGACGACACCACCGCCCAAAUCAGCGCCGCGCUUAUGAGCGGUCACGACCACAGCGCCUUGCACUUGGGCUACCUCACUCAUCCACGACCCUGCGACGGGAAGCCAAGAGGCGAAGGUUUUGAACUACGCACGGAUGCCCACGGCGCCUUACGGGCGGCAAAAGGUUUGCUGUUAACCGCUGAAGCGCAGUUGAAAACCGGUGCGGGCCAGUUGGAACGCCAACAAAUCGUCGAAGUCUUGCAAGCCGCACUGGCGCUGGCAAAACAACUGGGGACUGCCGCCGAAGAUGCAAAAGGCAUCGUUCAAGACCCGCAACCCCAACAGACGUUAACCGACGCUGUAAAUGAGUUGGGCCAUGGUGCCAAUGAUCAAGCCAACGCCCCGGGCGACGGUGCCCAACCGGUUAUCGCCCUGAGUGGCCCCGCCGGAAUCGCCGCCUCCACCCCGCGCAGUAUUGCCUUCGCGGCGGGCGGGCAUAUCGACAGCGUGGCGCAAAAAAACCAGCAACUCACUGCCGGGCAAAAAGUGGUGAUCAAUGCGGGUGACGAGCUGGGGCUGUUUGCCCAGGGCGGUGACAUGCGCCACAUCGCGCAUAACGGCCAGCUGUUGCUGCAAGCCCAGCACAACAGUAUUCACGCAGAGGCGGACCAAAGCGUGGAGAUCAGCGCCAGCCAGGAGCAUGUGCUGGUAUCUGCCAACAAGCACAUCACGCUGCUGUGCGGUGGUGCAUAUAUCAAGAUGGAGGGCGGCAAUAUUGAGAUGGGAAUGCCGGGGACCUUCACGGUAAAAGCCGGCAAAAAGAGCUACGUCGGGCCGAGUAGCGCGGCGGCAGCGUUCAAUAGCUGGCCCUCCACAUCGUUCAAUGAGCGAUUUCAACCUCGUCUUGGCAACGGGCUGCUUAUACGCAACCGCGCCUAUGCGCUGGUCCGCAAAGACGGAGUGCGGUUUGAAGGCAUUACCGAUGGCGAAGGCUACGUCACCUUGCAACAGGGAAUGACCUUGGAAAAUAUGGCCCUUGAAUGGACUGAUGAAGGAACACAACAA